UGAAUUUGCUACCUCCUUUGGCCCUUUCUCUACAAAUACUAGUUCUGGAGCACAUGCACGGGAGAGAAUCGUUAAAUACAAUGCAACUGAUCCAUCCGUGAGCCAUUCACCUUUGACCCGUUAAUUAUUACCAAGUAUUGAGUGUUCCUUUCUUCCCAUGCUACAUAUUCUGGGUUCUAUCAAAGACCUUUUAGCCAUAAAUAUGUAGUGUUUUCUUUUGCAUGAGCCACACCUCCUUUGUUUCAACAAAUCUCACGCCAUAUUUGAUGACAAAAAGUAAGCUAGCGCACACAAAAUUCUUGUCAAAAGAAUGAAAGAUCUAGAGGAUUUUCUAUGGGGUUUCUCUAUUAUUUCUCUUGCUCUCUACUUUCUUCGAAGACUAAGAAAGGUCAUUUCUAUGGCCUCGUUAAGCCUUACAUCCCCUCAAUCUUCUUCUCUUCCUUCUCCUCCUCUCAAAUGGGUUAGCCAGUUUUUUCUUGAAAAAAUGAAAGGUCCCUUUAAUUAAAGACGAUUCAGAAACAAUAGUUCUGGUGCAUGAUCAAGAAAGUAACGUUUCACAAGAGAGUCAAAGUGCUGACAUGAAAAGUAAAGCUUUGCAUUUUGAAGAGGGAAUCAUGCAGGAAAGCAUGGCCUGUGAAGCAUAUCAGAAGGGUUUGCACGAUAAGAGUUCACAAAAGAAUUCUGAUGCUUUGAUAAGGAAAGUAGGACUGGAUUCCUUGAGAAUAGUAAAGAUUAGUGAAGGAGAUCGUAGUAAGGGUGCUACCAAGCUGAAGAAGAGGCCUGGGAGGCUGGUUGUGCCAGAAUAUUCUCCGAUAGUGGAAUUUUCUCGAGUAGACAGGAAGUUGGAAAAUAAAGAGUUCGAGGUUCAAGGGAGAGAUUUCUAUUUGGCAAGCAAGAAAGGAAGGAGAGAGGUCAUGGAAGAUGGGUAUGGCAUCAUGAUUGAUAUUUUGGGAGAUGCAAAGCAGGCAUUUUUUGCUGUCAUAGAUGGACAUGGAGGCCGAGCCGCGGCUAACUACGUUGCCGAAAACUUAGGAAAGAACAUUGUGAAAGGUCUUCAAAACGUUGGUUGCAAGGAAGAUGGCCAAUUAGAGGAGGCUAUACGAGGAGGCUACUUGGUUACAGAUAGGGAGUUUCUUAGCCAGGGUCUUAGCAGUGGAGCUUGUGCAGCUAGUGUGCUGUUGAAAGACGGAGAAUUACAUGUUGCAAACGUAGGUGACUGUAGGGUAAUUUUAAGAAGGAAUGGGAUUGCUGAUGUACUCACAAUUGAUCAUAGAGUUAGCAGAGAAGAUGAGCGCCUUCGCAUUGAGAAUUCUGGUGGUUUUCUACAUUGCCGCAAUGGAAUUUGGAGAGUUCAUGGGUCCCUUGCCGUUUCUAGAGCAAUUGGAGACCAGCAUCUGAAAGAAUGGAUAAUUUCUGAACCUGAGAUCAAAAGGGUUCCAUUAACUUCAGAUUGCCAGUUCCUGAUAAUGGCAUCUGAUGGCCUAUGGGAUAAGGUAAAUGAGCAAGAGGCAGUAGAUGUGAUUUUAAAAGACAACAACAAUUCAGUAGAGUCUUGCAAAAAGCUUGUAGAUAUGUCUUUCGGCAGAGGCAAUAUGGAUGAUAUUACUGUUAUGGUGAUAAACCUUCAGAAUUUUGUGACAAAUGGUUGUUGACUAAUGCUGGCGACUCGUUGAAGAAAUUGAAUGCAAAUGGCUUGAUUUGCUGGCCUCCA